UUGUUGGAAACUUGUUGGAGCGGGUUUUUCCUCUUGUUGGAACAGUUUUGUAGUAAGAAUGCAGUUUGUCUUGGAUCGUGUCUUUCUGACUAAACAUUGCUGUGGCAGAUUGGAUGAGGAGUUGGGUUUCAAAGGGGCUAUUAACUUACCAACAUCAUUAUAUGAAGCGACCAUUACGGUAAACCAUUAAGAGCAGGGAUGGAACUUUGUAUCUUCUUUACUUACUUUGUAUUUAAUUGAUUAUUGCUAGUUUGUGAAAUGUGUUUUUUUAUAGCAUUCCAUUCUCAAACUGACAAUCAUCAGCCUUCAACACACUGCCUGAGUUGGUGGUCAAGUACAAGGAAAGACAUGAGGUCGCAGACUUUUUCAAAAGCACAGAUCCUCCAGGAUUUUGACUCUGUUUGCCAAACACUCUCUGCGUGUAACAACAAAGGCUUUAAACAAGAAUUUGAGAAGCUAAAUGAUGUCGGCAAAGAUCUGUCAAUGAAAGUGGGGGAGUUAGAGGCUAACAGAGAAAAGAACCGCUACCCGUACAUUUUACCAUAUGACCACUGUCGGGUGAGAUUGUCCAUUCAAAACUCCAAUCCCAACUCUGACUACAUCAAUGCAAAUUUUGUGCCAGGCGGAGGAUCAGAACGAGACUUCAUCUGCACCCAGGGCCCAACGCUAAACACUAUAGUUGAUUUCUGGAGGAUGGUGUGGGAGCAGAACGUGAGGGUAAUCGUCAUGGUGACAGCUGUGAAACACAAGGACAUAGUGCUGUGUGACGAGUAUUGGUCUCUGCAAUCAGGAACAGUUUAUCACGGACCUUUCCAAGUGAGGACAGUAACUCGGAAACAAUUGGGCCCAGAUUAUUUUACCUCCACCAUUCACCUCAGACAGAGAGACUGUCUCACAAAAAGGAUCAUAACACACUAUCAAUAUCCAUCCUGGCCCGACCGCGGCGUUCCAACGGACCCUUCCUCACUCUGUCGCUUUACAGAUCACGUGCGAUGUCUUUUGCAAGACAUGCCACGUCUGGGGCCAGCUGUGGUGCACUGCAGUGCAGGCGUAGGACGAUCGGGGACAUUUGUCGCACUGCUGUGGAUGAUGCAGCUGUGCAUAUGCGGCAGGCGGCCUGAUAUCCAAGCUGCUGUUGCUGACCUACGACUACGUAGAAUGUGGAUGGUUCAGACUCUGGAGCAGUAUAUAUUUGUUCAUCAGUGUCUGCUAUACUGGCUAAGCGGUGGAACGUCACAAGGCUUUACACACUUGGAGCAUGCAAACCAAGAAGCUAGGGGAAGAAAUCGCCAUCACAGACAAAAAACUAAUUCAGAAGAACCUCAGGGCACAUUGCAGCUACUGCGGAGACUGCUACCCUCAUCCCUGCUAAAUCUAGGCUCACAUGCUUCUUAAACUACCUUCAGAAAGUCUUGGUGGUUGGAAGUGGAAAAAACGCAGGCUGCACUUCCGUCACAAGUAGCUAAUCCGGAAAACAAAGGAGCAGCAACAUGCACACCACAAAGGAAGUGUGACAACCUGCCAGGCUGGCCGAACCUGUUCCUAACUUGCAGGUCUCAUGGGAACAAUCCGGCUGCUAUCAUGCAUACAUAUCCACAGCUUAGGUUCUCAUACUGCAUCAAUGUAUGACAAGUUACCCAAUGGUUAUUUUUGUAGCCUGUUUUAUACUUUGACCUUUAUUAAGAUUUGUUUAAAAAAUGAUCACUGUGUAUUGAUUUAUUCUCACACAAUGUAGGCUACCAGUACUUAUGGAUGCACGUGAACAAUUCAUACUGGACGUACAAGAAAGGCAAACACAUGGUAUUGCAGCUGUACAAAGAAAGGGUUUCAAAAAACCCACAGGCACUGCCAGUAUCCUCAGAUGACAGUGAUUAAUAAUAUAAGACAGAACUAAGUAUUUUACAUUAUAGUACAGUAUGGGCUCAUCGCCUUGAUCAGUCAUUUCACGGAUGUCAUUUAAUAAAGACAAAUAAAUCAAAUCUUAG